GCUUUAGCUUGGGAGUUGCGCGUGCAAAGGUGGCUGCAGCCCCGCCUGCACGCGUCUGAGUGUUCCAGGACUGGCUUAUGCUCAUUUCCCCCAUCUUUGAGUUCUCGUCCUUUUUUUUUAACCUUCCUUCCUCCCUCGAUGGCCGGAAGGGAGCCCAGACUGCAGCUUCCGAAACCACGCAAGUCAAGAUGAUUUGGCUAUGGUGCAACAGAGUACAGGGAGUCCAACAUACUUUUGGAUUAUUGUUUAGAAAAAAUUAUGCCUCCAAGAAAACCCUUCCAGUACUGACCCUGUUCACAAAGGAUCCAUGUCCUCUUUGUGAUGAAGCAAAAGAAGUCCUCAAGCCGUUAAAAAACAGGUUUAUUUUGCAAGAGGUGGACAUCACUCUUCCAGAGAAUUCAGCUUGGUAUGAUAGAUACAAGUUUGACAUACCUGUCUUUCAUUUGAAUGGUCAGUUCUUGAUGAUGCAUAAAGUAAAUUUCUCAAAGCUUGAAAAAAAUCUGAAGAAACUUGAACAGCAAAAUAACUGAAGUUGACUCAUACCAAAGUGGUUUUCCCACGUUAUGUAAAUGUAAAAUUCCUCAAGAAUGUGACCAGGACUACGUAGUCUUCUAGGAGUGAAAUGACCAGGUUUGGCCUCAAAGAAGAGAUAAGACAACUCCUCCCACAGCUUUGUAGAAAUGGAAGACCAUGGAUGUGUAAAACUAUGUAUAAUUACAGACUUUUUUGAUAUGUUGUUUA